AUGAGGAUUCCGAAGUACAGCAAGAAAGAUGUGGCUCUCACGGUGGACUCAGUGACGGCAACAGUGGAGAUCGAGGCAACAUCCUCCACCGCCGUGAGGGAGGGCCUCGACCUUGUGGCCGUGGUGGACAUGAGCGGCAGCAUGCGAGGGCACAAGAUCGAGAGCGUGAAGAAGGCCCUGCAGUUCGUGAUCACGAAGCUUACCCCUGUGGACCGCCUCUCCAUCGUCACCUUCGAAAGCAGCAUCAAGAGGCUCACCCCGCUACGUUCCAUGACCCAAGCUGCCCAGAGCGACCUCAAGACAAUCGUCGGCCGCCUGCCGGAGCGGAAGUCCUCCGGUGACCCGAGGCAAGUCGACCCCGGCGAGGUGUCUGUCUACACCUUAGGUUUCGGCCAGGGCACAGACGACAAGCUGCUCACCGACAUCGCCAAGAAAUCCCCCGGCGGAACGUACAGCACGGUGCCCGACGGGACGAACCUGAGCGCGCCCUUCGCGCAGCUGCUGGGUGGCCUCCUCACCGUUGUGGCGCAGGACGUGCGUCUGACCCUCACCCCAAAGACGACCAACGGCGACCUGGACACGACGGCGGUGGCCCCCGGAACGGACUACACGCAGACCACCGACGCCAACGGCGUGAUCACCAUCAAGUUCGGCACCCUCUUCAGCGGAGAGACGCGCAAGGUCGCCGUCAACUUCACUCUCAAGGAAAGCUCCGAGACCGAGGCCUACAACGCGACAUUAGCCGUGGCGAGGCACAGCUACGCCGCAGAGGAAACGUGGCAGCCUGCCCAGAACAUUCAGCGGCUGCGCACCCCGGACCCGAGCCCUCCCGGCGUCGCCGGCAGAGAGGAGCGGUCGGUGCAGGCCGAGGAGAUUAUGGACGCCCAGAACGCGCUGGAGGACAUCAUGCUGGACGACGGCGACCGGAUGGUGAACGUGCUCCGAGCCGAGCUGCUGCAGCUGCUGGAAUACAUGGAGUCGCAGAAGCUCUACAACAAGCUGGGCCACCCCUACGCGCUCGCCACCCUCAUCUCACAUGGCCGCCAGCGUGCCGCUGGAAGGGGCGACGAGGAGGUCAUCUCCCACUACGUCACGCCGCGCAUGAUCGCCUACCUAGAGCAGGUCAAGUAA